AUGAAAUCCUACGAAGAGUGUUGCGAGGAAUGUCAAGAGCAGAAUCCCUUCUUUAAGCUGGGGGGUGGCGUGGUGGGUCGCUUCGCUUACACAAGACAGACGCCGUUCAUUCAGCCGUUCGAAACCAUCGAGAGUCCUUGGGCGGACUUCAUCAAAAGCGACAGCCUAGAAACAAACAUAAAAAAGUUGUAUAAGCUAGCUCAGAAGUAUGGAAAGGAUACAACUGAAGAAAAGAAGGCGGUGGAGGAAAGACCUGAAGAGAAAGAGGAAACGCCCGUCAAGGCUAAUGCCGGGGAUACGAUCUCCAUCACCCUCCCCGAGAACAGCAUCGUGAACCUGGAUGCUUUUACGUUGUAUGGCGAUCUGGCCACUGGGGCUGAGCAAAUCUGGAUGGAGAACUUGCACAACAUGGGUCUGUCUGCUGAUAUGGUGGGUGCCAUGGAUGGAUCACUCGAUUCAAUUACGAAGUUUAAGGGAAGCGGAUUCUUCCACUACUUCAAGUUCAACGUCGACAACGAUGAAGGUUCGUCCAGGCUAAGCUCUGGUCUGGACACCCGUGGUUCUGCCUCGACCAUCACUUGGCAGACGACAGGUACAGGUUCUGGCUACCUGCCCACGGUGUUUGUUGAGUGUACAGCGCUAAUGGAGCCGAUCGAAGAGGUUGCGGAAGCAGUCGAGGAGACGGUGGAAGCUCCCGCCGCGCCUGCUCUAGGGGCAAAUGGUAAGCCGAAAAAGCCAUGCAGCCCCGAGAAGUUGAAGCAGAUGGCUCUUAUGCGGGAGAAAGCAGCACUUAAAAAGCAAGCAAUGAAGGAACUUACGGAGAAAGAAAAAGCACUAAAGCAAAAAACUUUUGAAGAACGAGUUAAGAAGGUGCAAGCACUAGAAAAGACUUUCAAACCUGAACCUGAGCCCAAAGCACCUGAGCCAGAGCCGCAAGAAGAAUCUGAGGCGGAGGUCGAGGUGGUCAAGGUCAAGAAGGCGAAGAAGCCAGUCAAGAAGGUGAAGAAGGUGAUCUACGAGUCUGAUUCAGAUUCGUCCGCCUCCUCCGAGAGCGAUGACGACCACUACCAGCGCAAGCAAAAAAGAAGGUUUAUAAAGACUGUAAAAAAGGAGGUGGCGAAGGAGGUUGCAAAGCUAACGGCUGCGAGACCAACCCAACGAGACAUGAUGCAUGUGGCUGCUCGUGAUGAAAUCAACUCGAAAGUGUCAAAAGCUAUGCGCGACCUUGCUAUUAAGUCGGUGUUUCCGGAGUAG